AUGGACGCUGCCGAUGUCUUCCGUCAAGGCUUAGGCUCGCUGGCCCCUCGACAACCGCAGAGCCUCUAUCCCAGGAGAGCACCAAUUCCGCAACCGCCUGGUCCUCCACAUCCUCCCGAUGACCGGUCAGAGAGCGAUGGCCCGCCGCAUCGCAUCGCACAUACCUUGACGGCGUGCUGCCGGUGCCGUCAGAGGAAGUCGAGAUGCGAUCCAACACUUCCCCGCUGUCUGCCUUGCGAGCGCUCCGGUUCCAUAUGCGAAUACUUCGACACCACAAAGGGCAGGAAGAUUAGCCGGUACUAUGUCGUCAGGCUGCAGCAGAAAGUGCGCCAGCUCGAGGCUGAGCUGGCCCAGUAUACCAAUGAGGAUGACGAAUACCCGCAAGACAAUGAGGAAAUCGUGCGGCCAGGGGGACUCAUACGCCUCAGCGAGACCGACGAGACGCCGCGGUUCUUGGGGCCAAGCAGCGGAAUUGCCAUGACGAGGAUAAUGAUGGAGGAAGCGAAGCGGCAUACAGACUCCAAAAGCAUAUCGGAUUUGAUACCCGAGGUUCGUGCCCGGAGGCGAGCGCGUGCGGACCGUAUGCAAAGCAUCGUCGGCUACAGGGGCAGCGUCAGUGCUCCUGGUUCGAGGAAAAAGAGCUAUCCCAUGAUCAGUGCCCACCCGGCGCAAAGCCUCCCGACACGGUCAAUCGCGGACAAGCUGGUUGAGGUAUUCAAUCAAAGGGCCCAGAUUUUCCACCCCGCAUUACACGAACCAGCGCUUCAAAAGGAUCUCGAAGACGUCUUCGAUGGCUGCCAAGAUCCGUUCAAGAAUUUCGUAGUGCGCAUGGUCAUGGCCAUCAGCCUCCAGAAGCUCGACACCCAAUAUGCUGGCCUGGCCGACAGCUAUUACCUGUCCGCCAUGCAGCAUUUCGAGGACGUCGUCCGUCCAAAAGAUCUGAAGACACUGCAGUGCCUGGUCUUGAUAGGACAGUAUUCUCUGCUAACCCCCACGAGGACGGCCGUUUAUUACAUCAUCGGCCUUGCGACGAGGAUUUGCCAGCAGCUCGGCCUCGGAGAGGAGAAGACCAUCACAGCUGGGUGCUCAAUAGGACUUGUCGACCCCCUGACUCUUGAUAUGCGGAGGCGCCUUAGCUGGAUCGUGACAACCAACGAGUUUGGCUUGGCACACAGCAUGGGACGUCCAAGUGGGUUUGCAAAAGGCGACGACCUCAUGGAUGUCAAGUUCUUCGCCACAGUCGACGACAAGAAUAUCACAGCAGCAGGAAUCAAGCAAGGACCGCCGAGCGAGAGGAAGCUUGUCUCGAUACACUUUUGUAAGAUGCGUUUGUUGCAGGCCGAGAUACGCCGCGUUCUCUAUGAGAAGAAACGGAGCGAGCCGAAGCAUGAAGACCAUCCCUGGUUUACCCAGAUGAUGGAGAAGCUUGAUGAAUGGAAGGACGCAUCCCCGGACAAGCCAGAAUGGUGCAAACCAUGGUUUACCGGCCGCUAUCAUACCAUGGUGAUAUUCCUCUACCGCCCCUCGCCUCAGGUCCCUAAGCCUACGAAGCAAGCUGCUUUGAGGUGCUUCGAGAGCGCGGCUCACGUCAUUGACCUCUCCAGUCAGCAAGUGAAGAGGGCUGCCGUCGAUAUCACCUGGGUCUUCCUAUUGACAGUCUAUACGUCGCUCAACAUAGUUCUUUGGGCCGUCUCAUACCCGGAAGUGAGAGAAAUUCAUACGCGAGAAGCGUCGGAGGAGCUCAUCAACAUAUCUCUGGACAUUGUCGACCAGUGUUCGGAACGCUGGCCUGGCACGACAGCCGCAUCGCAAUUGUAUGCUGUCUUUGCUCGAGCCUGUUUGCAAAGUUACGCAGCCAAGGAGAAACCACAACCGCCGAAGUCGAAUGGCAAUCGCGCGCUUCAUACACCCCCUCCUCUCGCAGACACCGACUCUCCUUCCGCCUCUGAGGUGUCGACGUCGACACCAGCCUCGGCUUCGACAGUGAGGGCAACGCAACAGCAGGGCGCACAGCCACGGCCAGCCUUCAACCCACCUCAGUUUGGCCACGUCUUCGACUCGACGCCUGAACAGAUGUCGGCUGGGUUUAGUUUUGAUCCCGACUCAUCACCCUUCCAGAAUUCACAUCCAACAUUCCGCUCAAAUUCCAUCUUUAUGAAUCCCGCCACAGACUCUCACGGUCGCCGGUUUUCCCAUUUCCCGCCGGACUUUACUCAGUCUGCGCAGACAAAACCGGCCGGGGAAUCGGGACCUCUAACGCCCAAUACGCCGUAUAAUACCCAGACCUCACCAUCUCUACAGUCACCCUUUUCGCAGCACACCUCGCAGUCGAUGAUGACCUACGGCGCGGACACCAUGCCCACUCCCCCGCGAUCACUGGCUCCACAGUCGCACGGCGAGUCAGAUAUGAGCAGCCUCUCGCCGACCCCGCCGGCGAUCAAGAUGGAGAGCGCGACCCCGACCCCGACCCUCCCGUACGCCAGUCCCGCCCAGGUCACCGCCGCCCAAGCAAGUCCGGCCCCAGCCGCGAACCUUAAGUACGAACCCGGCGAGCAACCAGCCCCGCCGAACCAGCAGGCACGCACACAGCCGCCCCCGCCUCAACCACCCCGCGCGCCGGCGACCUUCACCAUCCCAGCGGGACCACCCCAACAGGGCGCCGCCGCCCGCCAGCGACCCCUCCCGCCCACGACCGUAACCGACUGGUUCAGCCCCCCACCGCCAUUCAUCUCGCCGUACGCCUUCCCCGGCGGCGGCAUGGGCGGCGGGGGCGGCUACUGGGGCGACGACUACGGCAACGCGGCCGCCGCCGCGGCGCCGUUCUCGGGCCUCGGCAUCGGAUUCGCAUUCGGCGGCGCGGGGGGGGGAUACGGCCUCUCGGGGGAUUCCCGCGAUGGUGGCUUUGCGGCGGGCGGUGGCGGGGGCCCGCCGUUCCUCCAGUACGCUUUCCCGCCCGAGAGGCAUGGCAGCCUGAGCGUCGAGCAGCAGGUCGAGUUGAUGGAUGUGCUUGAGACGGAGGGCGUGGGGGAGAUUGAUGCGUUUCUGAGUACGGGGAUGGGGAUCGGCGGUGGUGGUGGAGGGGGAGGGAUCAGCUGGGUGUGA